AACUCCACAAACACUGAUACCGAGUACAAAAUCAUUAUUUUAGAGUUUAGACGUUGCUCGAAUCCACGACGACCGUAAAGUAUAAAAUAAUGCGUUCCGUGAAAUUCUAUCGUCGAAACUUCACAUAAACACGACGUGGUCGUCGUCGUCACCGCCGCCUCGUUUAUACCGCACACUGCGCACGCCAUCAGACUGUACACGGCGUGCGCGCGGUUGUUUUAUUAUUUUAAUUUUUUUUUCUUACUGUAAUUUUUUCUCGGGAGCAAUCAUGUGAAAAUCGAUUAGGCACAUUUAGUCUCGCGAUACGGCCCGUCGUCGUCCGGCCCGAACCGAAAACGCCGCAUGCGACACGAUCGUGCUCGAAUCGUUCCUAGAAAAUUCGACGGCGACGGCCGGCACUGAAUAAUAUUUUAUCGCGAUCAACGUCGUCGUAUUAACGUACGUUCGGUACGCGCAAUGCAAUAUGGUAUAUCGUCAUGUGACAUCCGUAGUACGUCUCGAACCGCGUAGUAUACUUUAUUUGCCGUUUGCUGUAAUGACAAAUGGACGUCAUGUUCCUCAUCGUCAUAAUCGUAUUGUUGACGGUCGCAGUGAUACUGUUUGCCGUUUCCAAAAAGUAUGUGGUGGAGAAGCUGAAACAAGAAACAAACACGGACUUCCAGAAGCUCCAGAGGCGUUACUUGAUCGUGUACUGUUUGGCGUGUUUUGCCGAUUGGCUUCAAGGCCCAUACGUCUAUAAAUUGUACAAGCAGUACGGUUACAAUGAAGGAGAAAUAGCCGUCCUUUUCAUUACCGGCACAAUAUCCAACAGUUUAUUUGGCACAAUUACAGGAGCGUUGGCUGAUAUUUACGGCCGUAAAAUACUUUGCAUUUCUUACGGUAUAUUGUAUUCAGGGUGUUGUGUGACAAAAAUGUUUGGCAACUUUCAAUUAUUGCUGGUUGGACGUAUGUUGGGAGGUAUAAGCACGUCUAUUCUGUAUUCGGCGUUUGACUCAUGGUACAUCAACGAGCAUGUCAAUUAUUACAAAUUGCCAGAAGAGUGGUUGAAUAAUACGUUUGCCAAAGCAACUUUUUUUAAUGCUACACUUGCCAUACUAGCUGGAUUGUUGUCAUUAUUCUUGGUUAGCGUGUUAGAAUUUGGACCUGUUGCGCCUUUUGUAACGGCUAUUCCAUUUCUCAUGACUUCUAGCAUAUAUGUUAUGUCUGUGAUAAAUGAACACUAUGUUCGCAACACAAAAUCAGCUUCAGCGUCAGUAAAGAAAGCUAUUAUUCUGUGGAUGACAAAUAAAAAUAUCUUUACCCUCAGCGUUGUUCAGUCCUUAUACGAAGGUGUCAUGUACUUAUUCAUAUUUAUUUGGACCCCUACGUUUGAUGUGUUAAAAGACUCAAAACCCCCAUUGGGGCUAGUAUUUUCAAGUUUUAUGUUAGCUCUUAUGAUAGGUUCAAAAAUUUAUUCAAUACUAUUGGGAAAUAGUUUUCUAGAUUCAAAAAAACAAUUGCAACUGGCUACAUUUGUAGCAACCUUUUCGUUUUUAAUGUGUUCCUUGGCCAUAUCAAACAUAUUUUUUGAUUACAGUGGCCAACAAAAAUAUUAUAAAGUAAUGACUUGUUACUUUUUUUUCUUAUUGUUUGAAAUUUCUAUUGGUAUUUACUUUCCAUCCAUGACGUAUUUAAAGAGUCAAGUAAUACCGGAAAAGAUUAGAGUUACCAUAUCAAAUGUAAUUAAAAUACCUAGUAAUGUUUUCAUCUGUUUGGCACUAUUAUGGAUAUAUUUUAAAGAACCAAAUGAAAAAAAUUUGAUAAAAAUCCAAGAAGAUCAAGAACCUAAUGUUGAUUUCAUUUUAACAAUUUUUGUGGUAUGUUUUAUCGCUACACUCGUUACAUUUAUAUUUUCUAAAAUAUUUUCCAAGUUCCACAGUGAAACUUAUAAAGACAUAAUUAAACGUCAUGAAAUUGAAGUGUAAAUGUGUUCAUGAUAAAAUUAUUCAUAUAAUAUAUGCCAUGUAUACCUUACUAGGUACAGAUUAUUAAUUUUACAGUGAAUUAAUUUAAUAUAAGUUUUUA